AUGAAUAAUAAUAAUAAUAAUAUUAGGUUAGGAGUUGUUGGUGAAUUAUAAAAAAAAAAAAAUAUUGGCUUCCCUCUGUUUGCGGAAAUCUCCCCUGACCUGACCUGAUAGAUGUCGGCAAGCCCCUAAAGUUCCGUCCACAUCCGGCCCACCACCACCACUUCUCCGCUCUCGAUCCAAAUUCCGUCGUUAGCAUUUUGCAAGACAACGGUGUUCUAGAGUUUUAGGUUUAUUUAUUCGAUUCAAAGAAAUGCGAAGGGUAUACUUUUAUUUCUCUGUAUUGUGUGAUUGUAGUAGGUAAGAAGAAAUCAGAAAAAAUAUAUAUAAAAAUGGUUUCAGAAAUGAGUGACUUAUCCAUCUCCAAGAAUGAUCGUGCUUCCCAUUCCAAAUUCAUUACUCUGCCCACCAUUUUGACGCUCGGCCGUGUCGCAUCUAUUCCUCUUCUCGUUGCCACCUUCUAUAUGGAUGGUUGGCAAGGAACUGCUAUUACCACAAGUAUUUUUACUGCCGCUGCAAUUACAGAUUGGCUUGAUGGCUAUAUUGCUCGCAAGAUGAAAUUAAAAUCUUCGUUUGGUGCGUUUUUAGAUCCAGUAGCGGACAAGCUUAUGGUUGCUGCCACGUUGAUCUUGUUAUGUACUAGACCGGUCAAAGUUGCUGCAUUGGCGCAUGCUCCAUGGCUCUUGAUUAUACCUUCCAUCAUCAUAAUUGGUAGAGAGAUAACCAUGUCGGCACUCAGGGAAUGGGCUGCUUCCCAGGGUAGUAAAACUUUAGAGGCUGUUGCGGUUAAUAGUUUGGGGAAAUGGAAAACAGCCACGCAAAUGACAGCAUUAACCAUCCUUCUUGCUACCCGUGACUGCAGUCAUGGAGGACCUGCGAUUUUGGCAGGCUCUGGUGUUUUGUUGCUUUAUAUUGCGGCAGGGCUAGCCGUAUGGUCGUUUGUAGUAUAUAUGAGGAAAAUAUGGAAGGUGUUAGUGAGGUAACAUGGACGACGACGGGUCUUGGUUUCUUUGAUGGGUUUGGUUUUCACGAAUCACGACCAUUAUUAUUUCUUUCAAAAAUAGUUUAGUCAGUGAUACCGUGGAAGGGAGACGCAGUUCUCGAUUCUCAUGACAUAUAUUUGUAAUAUUUACUAUCUUCAUUGUCUAACUCUGCAAACCACCAUUGGUUCCAUUUAUGAAAAUUAUAUGCACAAUUUUUUUGUUA